UUUGCCGCCAGUCUGCAGCUCCGACUCCCAACGCUUAUUAACUCUGCAAUCCUCGAUCCGGCGUCUCUCAUUUCUACACUCGCACACAAACGCAACAGGAGAAGCUUACACCGGCGAAAUGAACGACCUCGACUUCAACAGCGACAAAGAAACCGCGAAAGAUUUCCUGUUGAACUUUGCAGAUCCGAAUGGCGGGGCUAAAUACAUGAGCAUUCUUCAAGAAGUAGCCAACAGGAAGACUAAGGCCAUACAAAUCGAGCUGGAAGACUUAAUUAAUUAUAAAGAUUUAGACGAAGAAUUUGUGAGACGAGUCACAGAAAAUACACGGCGAUACAUUGGAAUAUUUGCGAAUGCAAUUGACGAACUACUGCCCGAGCCAACAGAGGUGUUACUGGACGACGAUCAUGACAUUUUACUGACUCAAAGGGUAGACGAAGGAACUGAGACUGGUGGUGGCUCUGAUCCACAAAAGAGGCUGCCUCCUGAGAUCAAGAGAUUCUAUGAAGUUUAUAUUAAAGCAUCUUCGAAAGGGCGUCCUUUCACAAUUAGGGAGGUUAAAGCUUCAUAUAUUGGGCAGCUUGUAAGGAUAUCUGGUAUUGUGACACGCUGCUCUGAUGUCAAGCCUCUAAUGCAAGUGGCUGUUUAUACAUGUGAAGAAUGUGGAUUCGAAAUUUAUCAGGAGGUAACUGCUCGAGUUUAUAUGCCUCUGUUUGAUUGCCCCUCUGAUCAAUGCAACACAAAUCGAGCUAAAGGGAAUCUUAUCCACCAACUCCGAGCUUCUAAGUUUCUGAAGUUUCAAGAGGCUAAACUCCAGGAACUAGCUGAGCAUGUCCCGAAGGGUCACAUUCCUCGGACGCUGACUAUUCAUUUCAAAGGUGAACUCACGAGGAAGGUUUCUCCUGGUGACAUUGUUGAGCUGUCAGGUAUAUUUCUUCCUAUCCCCUACACAGGAUUUAGGGCAAUGCGAGCUGGCUUAAUUGCGGACACGUACUUGGAAGCCAUGACUGUCACGCAUUUCAAGAAAAAAUAUGAGGAAUAUGAACUUAGGGGGGAUGAAGAAGAGCAAAUUGCUCGCUUGGCUGAGGAUGGCGAUAUCUAUAAUAAAUUGGCUAGGUCAUUAGCCCCAGAAAUUUUUGGGCAUGAAGAUAUUAAAAAAGCUCUUCUUCUUCUCCUUGUUGGUGCUCCUCAUCGAAAACUGAAGGAUGGGAUGAAGAUAAGAGGAGAUAUACACAUAUGCCUGAUGGGUGAUCCUGGUGUGGCAAAAAGCCAACUUCUCAAGCAUAUAAUAAAUGUUGCACCUAGAGGUGUGUAUACAACUGGAAAAGGAAGCAGUGGAGUUGGUCUGACUGCAGCUGUUCAGAAGGAUCCAAUCACCAAUGAAAUGGUUUUGGAAGGUGGAGCUUUGGUACUGGCGGAUAUGGGUAUCUGUGCCAUUGAUGAGUUUGACAAAAUGGAUGAAUCAGAUCGUACAUCAAUACAUGAAGUAAUGGAGCAGCAAACUGUUAGCAUUGCUAAAGCUGGUAUUACUACAUCUCUGAAUGCACGGACUGCUGUCCUAGCUGCUGCCAAUCCAGCCUGGGGGAGAUAUGAUUUAAGGAGAACACCUGCUGAGAAUAUUAAUCUGCCUCCUGCACUUCUAUCAAGGUUUGAUCUUCUGUGGCUGAUUCUAGACCGAGCAGAUAUGGAUAUCGAUCUUGAAAUGGCUAGGCAUGUUCUCUAUGUCCACCAAGCUAAGGAGUCUCCAGACAUUGGAUUUACUCCACUCGAACCUUCAGUCCUCAGGGCAUAUAUCUCUGCUGCAAGAAAACUUUCUCCUACUGUGCCAAGGGAAUUGGAAGAAUAUAUUGCAAGUGCAUAUUCCAGUAUAAGGCAGGAGGAGGCAAAAUCAAGCACACCUCACUCUUAUACAACAGUUAGAACUCUACUCAGCAUUCUGAGGAUAUCAGCAGCUCUUGCAAGACUCAGGUUCUCCGACUAUGUUGCUCAGAGUGAUGUAGACGAGGCACUUAGGCUGAUGCAAAUGUCCAAGUUUUCCUUGUAUUCAGAUGACCGCCAAAGAUCUGGCCUGGAUGCAAUUUCUGAUAUAUAUUCAAUCUUAAGGGAUGAGGCUGCAAGAAGUAACAAGAUGGAUGUGAGCUAUGCUCAUGCUCUCAACUGGAUUUCAAGAAAGGGGUACAGUGAAGCUCAAUUGAAAGAAUGCUUGGAAGAAUAUGCUGCCUUAAAUGUUUGGCAGAUCCAUCCAAACACAUUUGACAUCCGUUUCAUAGAUGCUUAACAUUAGGUUUUAUUACAUUCUACUGCUAGUUGAAGGUUCUGUAUAAUUUAUUUUCCUUUAGAAUGCAAGCCCGGGUCAAGAUAUGCGUGUUACAAACAAGAAGCUACCUUCUGAUUGUGUGUAAGUCAUUAGAUGACCUGAAAUCAAUUCAUUCCAAUCCCCAUUCUGUGAUAAAUUCUCAAACUUUGUAUCAUGAAAAAAAGGAAGAAGAAAGAUGUGCUGCUAAAGAAAUAUAUAAACAUACACUAGU